AUGGAAAAUCCUCUGCUAGGGUUUGUGAAGAAUGCAGCGAACGAUCAGGGUAGUCUUGCUCAAGCGAGUCCGGGGAAGAGUACGGCGGAGAUUGAUCUACAAGAACGAAGUACAAAAAAGGUCAAAGAGAAUAUUAAUAAUAUGCAUGGGGAUCCGGUUGUUAGUGGUGCUGAGAAGACUGUUUCUUUCCGAGAUAUCAUGAUUGGUCAGAAGAAUGUGGAGUCGGAAGUAGACAUGGUGGAGGAGAGUGAGGAUGAGGAGGCUCUGGAAGUUGGUAGCGGAGGAAUCAUGGUGGAGGAGAAAACUAUAAGGGGAUAUGAAUGUCCCUCAUUUAUAUUCUCUGAAGCUGAGGAAAAGAGGAUACAAAAACGAUGGAGGAGGGGAGUAAUUGUUAAACUUCUAGGAAGGAAGAUCGGAUAUAAGGCGCUGGAAACCCGAUUGAAUCAAAUGUGGGUUCGAAAAGGUGUCAUCAGUAUCAUUGACUUAAGCAAUGAUUACUAUCUGGUGGCUUUUUCGCAUGAGGAUGAUAAGAAGGCAGCUCUCGGUAAUGGUCCAUGGUUUAUCUAUGACCAUUAUCUUACAGUCAAGGAUUGGAGGCCGAAUUUUCAACCGAAUACGGAUUCAAUUGAUGAAGUGGCGGUGUGGGUCAGAAUCUAUGGUUUACCCAUUGAAUAUUACGAUCCAAGAGCCCUAACGGUCUUUGGGAAUCGGAUUGGGCGAACUAUCAAAGUAGAUAAGACGACUAUCAAACAAGAAAGAGGUAAAUAUGCUAGAAUUUGCGUGACUGUCAACCUGGCGAAACCUCUUCUAGCCAUGUUUGAUAUUAAUGGAAGCUAUUAUAAAAUUGAGUUCAAGGUUGGGGGAGAAGAGCAGCAAGUUAGGGGGAUAACAGAUAUUGUGGUUGAUAAUCAUAAUGUGGAAGAUGGACCUUGGAGAAUUGUGCAGAAACCGAGAAGAACUAGGAAGACCCCGGAGGGCCGGAAAUCUGUUGCUCCGGCGAAAAUUAAUGAUGGAGCCAAGGUGGGGGGAUCGCGAUUUCAUGCCUUAAUUGUUGAAGAUUCGGAGUUGAUGGGCAAUGAUACUACCAUUAAUGUUGAUAAUAGCAGUGAUAUUAUUGAGAAUUAUAAUAAUUAUGGGCUUAAAUUGAACGAUAAAGGUGGAGUUAGUGGUAUGAAGAACGUUGACGGAUUUGAUGGGGUCUCUAAAAGAAUCACUGUUUUGGGAAAGGAAAAGAAUCUUCAAAACAGGGAUGUGGCUGAUUCCUUGACGGAUUUAGAUUUAAACAAGGAGCAAAAUGAUGGUAACAUUAAUGGGAAGAAAAGAGUAAUCAAUGCGGGAGAUGGUGGGAGAAGACACGUGCAAAAUUCUGAGACCAAAAGAGCUACACUUGGAGUACGUGGGGGGAUCCAAGUUAAGGAAAAAUAA